AAAAUUCCUCUUGCAGCUGAAAAACUUUCUUAUCUUCAAGGUUCCAGUGAGAAAACACCAUGUUGGAAUUUUAUCCUCCAGCGCCUGGUUCUUUCAAUCGUCAAAGCGAACCGGGCCAAACCUUGCCGACGGUUCCACCUAUCCCCUUUCGGCCUACAACUGAUAAUAAUAAUGCAGAGCCGACCGUUUCCGUCAAGACGGAGUCCGGCCUCCUCGAGACAAUCUGCGCCGGCUGCGGUCGCACCAUCGCCGACAAAUACGUGAUGCGAGUCGCCGAGAGGAAUUACCACGAGGAGUGCCUCUCGUGCACGGCAUGCGGCGCGAUGCUGUCGCACUCGUGCUUCAUACGCGACCUCAAGCUCUACUGCCGUUCCGACUACGAGAGGAUCUUCGGGGUGAAGUGCGCGCGGUGCAUGGAGAAGAUCAGCUGCUCGGAUCUGGUGAUGCGGCCGGUGUCCGGCCUGAUCUUCCACGUGGAGUGCUUCGCGUGUUGCAUGUGCGGCCAACCGUUGCCACGGGGCGCCCACUACAUCCUCAGGCAGGGCCAGCCGAUCUGCAGACGGGACUUCGAGCACGAGCUGUUUCUAAAUAGUCCGCAAGAUGAUGACUUGUUGGACGAGAAUCGACCACGGGACGGCCGUCGGGGUCCGAAACGGCCGCGGACGAUCCUUACGUCGGCGCAGCGACGUCAGUUCAAGGCGUCCUUCGAGGUGUCUCCGAAGCCUUGCAGGAAGGUGCGCGAAGCACUCGCCAAGGACACCGGUCUCAGCGUGCGCGUGGUUCAAGUGUGGUUCCAGAAUCAGCGCGCGAAGAUGAAAAAGCUCCAGCGGAAGGCCAAAACGGAGCCCGGAUCCGAUAAGGAGCCGAAGGAGGAGCGAAGGACGGAAAGUCCGCACAGCGAUCACAGUCAUUACUUGAACGCCCUGAACAUGCGCGAUGGGGAAUCUUCUAGCUUCCCCUCAGCCACCCAACCGCUCAACCCCAAUAACCCGUACUCGCCCGACGACGCGUACCCGGGCCACUCGGGGGAGAGCUUCUGCAGCAGCGACCUGUCCCUGGACGGCACGGACGGCGGCUUCGACAUCGGCGAGAACGAGGGCGGCGGCGCGGACGGCAGUCAUCAGGGUGCCUCGCAUUCCCACCACGGCUCAUCGUCGCACGACACCCCGUCGCUGUCGCAGAGCCUGCACGCGGCCAUCAACAAUCCCAUCGACAAACUGUUCAUGAUGCAGAGUAGUUACUUCAGCGGCGAUCACGCGUAAUCCAAAUUUUCCCCUUUCUUCCUCUCUCUCUUUCUUUCUCCCUCUCUCUGUCUCUAUCUUAUUUCUCGUCGCUCUUAUUUCUCGUCGUCUCGCCCUCUUUCUGUACGUUCUCUUACCUGUCCUAUCAAACGAUUUGCUUUAUCAACGAGGAAGCCGAUGUUAACACGUUCUUAUUCAUCUUUCCGCAUCGCGAUCAGUUUUUCGAGUUCAGACUUUUUGUUUUCUCUAAGCUGGCCGCUGCUAACCCGAUUUCAACCGACAUUUUGAAAACUUUUAUUUUUCUUCUAGAUGACCUGAUAUAUUCCUACCCUUUGAAUUUGCGACGUCGACGAUUCUCCAAAAGUAUAUUUGCUUUUUUCUCUGUUUCAAAUACAAACUCUGUAUUUAUCCUCUGUGUGUAAUAAAUGCAU